UCAACUAACCUCCCCCCCCCUCCCUUCACUCCAAAACUCUCUCUCUAACUUUCUCUCUCUUCUCCAUCUUCUCCAUCUUUCUCCAUUCUCCAUUCUCCAUCUUCUGCAACUCCAGCUGCUGCAACCCUUAGUUUCUCUCUCUAGCUCUUUCCCGUCGGAGAGGAGAGGGGGAGAAGAGAGUCGUAUGGAAUGAGCGACUACAGGUUGACGCCGAGCAUGAACCUGUGGAGCGACGACAACGCGUCCAUGAUGGAGGCCUUCAUGUCCUCCGACCUCUCCUCCUUCUGGCCGCCCCCUCCUCCCCCAUCUCCACCCCUCCCCUCCCUCUCCCCCACCACCAGCAGCCGCCGCCCCAGCAGCCGCAGCCGCAGCCGCAGCCCCGCCUUCAACCAGGACACCCUCCAGCACCGCCUCCAGACCCUCAUCGACUCCACCUCCCGCUACCCCUGGACCUACGCCAUCUUCUGGCAGUCCUCCUUCGACGGCUACCCCGGCCCCGCCGCCGCCCCACCCGCGGCCUCCUCGGCGUCGCCGCCGGUGCCCGUCCUCGGCUGGGGCGACGGCUACUACAAGGGCGAGGAGGAUAAGUCCAAGGGGAAGGCCAAGAUCAGCGCCUCCUCCGCGGCCGAGCAGGAGCACCGGAAGCGCGUGCUCCGCGAGCUCAACUCCCUCAUCGCCGGGCCCUCCUCCGCCGCCGCCGCCCCCGACGACGCCGUCGACGAGGAGGUCACCGACACCGAGUGGUUCUUCCUCGUCUCCAUGACGCAGUCCUUCGGCAACGACGGCAGCUUGCCCGGCCAGGCCCUGUACGGGUCGACCCCGCUUUGGGUGUCGGGCGGGGACCGCCUCGCCGACUGCGGCUGCGAGAGGGCGAAGCAGGCGCGGAUUUUCGGGCUCAACACCAUGGUCUGCGUCCCCGUGAUCGGCGGGGUCGUCGAAUUGGGCUCCACGGAGCCGAUCUACCAUAGCCCAGAUCUGCUGAACAAGGUCAGGAAUUUGUUCAAUUUCACUGGUGGGAUGGAGUUAGGGUUUGGUGGGAAUGGUAACGAUCAGGGCGAGAGCGAUCCUUCUUCGCUCUGGCUCAAUGAUCCGGCGGGCACGGUCGAGGUCAAGGACAGCGCCGUCGCCGGGGCGGCCGCCGUCACGGGUUCUUCGAAUUAUAACGGUAGCAAUCAUGGGUCUAAAUCGAUUCAACUCGAGAAUAAUCAUGUCUUGAGUAGCAUGGGCGAGAAGCCGACCGCGAUCCAUCGGGACAAUCCUCGCCACAAUUACCCGCAGAGCAAUCAGCAGAUGCAGGGCCAGAGCUUCUUCACCCGCGAGUUGAACUUCUCCGAGUUCGGGUUCGAUGGCAGCAGCGCGAGAAACGGGAAUUCACAUCCCAUGAAGCCCGAAUCCGGCGAAAUCUUGAGUUUUGGUGAGAGCAAGAGGGUUUCUUGCAACGGAAAUGGGAAUCUGUAUUCUGGUCAAUCGCAGCUCACGGCAGUGGAAGAAAGUAAGAAGAGGAGGUCGCCUACUUCGCGCGGUAGCAACGAAGAAGGGAUGCUCUCGUUCACCUCAGGCGUGGUUUUGCCGUCCUCGGGGAUGGUGAAAUCGAGCGGAGGCGCGGGGGAUUCUGAUCAUUCAGAUCUCGAAGCGUCCGUCGUGAAGGAAGCUGAUAGUAGCAGGGUCAUUGAGCCGGAGAAAAGGCCGCGAAAGCGAGGUAGGAAACCUGCUAAUGGCCGAGAGGAGCCAUUGAAUCACGUUGAGGCCGAGAGGCAGAGGAGGGAGAAGCUUAACCAGCGGUUUUACGCGCUCCGGGCCGUGGUUCCUAAUGUUUCCAAGAUGGACAAAGCGUCACUUCUUGGCGACGCGAUAGCGUACAUCAAGGAGCUGAACUCGAAGCUCCAGACCACGGAAUCUGACAAGGAGAAUCUGCAGAAGCAAAUGGAAUCCUUGAAGAAGGAAUUAACGAAUAAAGACUCUCGGUCUGCUCUGCCCCAGAGCGAUAAAGAUCUCAGUAUCUCGAGCAAUCACGGUGCCAAGUUGAUAGAAUUGGACGUGGACGUGAAGAUAAUCGGAUGGGAUGUGAUGAUACGGAUUCAAAGCAGCAAGAAGAACCACCCUGCUGCGAAGCUAAUGCAAGCCCUAAUGGAGUUGGAUCUUGACGUGCAUCAUGCCAGCGUCUCCGUGGUGAAUGACUUGAUGAUCCAACAGGCGACCGUGAAGAUGAGUGGUCGUUUUUACACACAGGAACAGCUAAGGCUGGCGUUGUCGUCCAAAAUAGGAUAAGCCCAUCAGAAGUAGAAGAGGGAGUGAUGGUAAUUAAACUGUAUAAAAAGAGCUUGCCGAUGUUUGAAUUGUCGACGCGAAUAAUCAGGGGCUGGGAUAUUUUAAGGCUCCCGGCACAGCAAGUUCUGAAGCAAGAGCUGCCAUAUGCUGUUUGUUCCUCUUGUAGUUCUUAGUGUAGCCUGCUAGUGUUUCUUAUUAGGUACUUUCGAUUGUGGAGCACUGAGAGGAUAUGAAACAAGGUGGAAUUGUUGUUGAAGAUAAAACAGCUCCUGAUCGAGUUAGUAGCAUUUUGUCGUCGGGUCGAUUGUCUACCUUGUCUUCCUAUGUAUAUAGAUGUUCGGUAUUCGGGUCUUAUAACGACAUUGAGGCUUCAGGCAUGUAUGCUGUGGUUCUUGUUCUGUCACGAAACCUGGGUUCUUCUGUUUGCAAAUAUAUACUGUUCUUGUCUCA